AUUUGGGGGCGUUUUUGUUUUUUAGCCUAGCAAGGAGCGGGUUUUUUUUCCCUUCGAUGUAAACUGUCUUUUAACCAGUCAUGAGUUGGAGGCAGCAGUACCCUUGAAUUGUCACAGUUGUCCGAGAGCUAGUAUGUAUAUGUAGUGACUCUGUAGCUUUUUUCUGCAUUCGCAUUUGCAAUAUGAAGAAUGGAAGAAGACGAUGUGACUAUCAGAGAGCAGAAUUUCCACAGCCAAGUCCGAGAGUACAUCAUUUGCUUCCUCCUGUUCGCAGUGCUCUACAUUGUGUCCUACUGCAUCAUAACUCGAUACAAGAAAAAGAGUGAUGACCAUGAAGAUGAAGAUGCUGUCGUCAACAGAAUAUCAUUGUACUUGUGCACCUUCACCCUGGCAAUGUCAGGGGGUGCCGUCUUCCUCCUGCCUUUCUCAAUCAUUAGUAAUGAGAUCCUCCUCUCCUUCCCCAAAAACUAUUACAUUCAGUGGCUCAAUGGCUCCCUCAUUCACGGUCUGUGGAACCUGGUGUCACUGUUCUCCAACCUUUGCCUCUUUGUCCUGAUGCCCUUUGCUUAUUUCUUCUUGGAGUCUGAGGGGUUUGCAGGAUCAAAAAAGGGCAUUAGGGCUCGUAUUCUAGAGACUUUUGUGAUGCUCUUCCUGCUGGCUCUUCUCAUCCUGGGCAUUGUGUGGGUGGCAUCCGCACUCAUUGACAAUGAUGCAGCCAGUAUGGAGUCCCUCUACGACCUUUGGGAAUUCUACCUACCAUACCUCUACUCCUGCAUAUCUCUGAUGGGAGGACUACUUUUAUUAAUGUGCACUCCUGUGGGAUUGUCUCGAAUGUUCACUGUCAUGGGCCUUUUACUAGUGAAGCCAACAAUCCUGGAGGACCUGGAUGAGCAGAUUUACUGCAUCCAUUUGCAAGAGGAAGCCCUUCAGAGGAGAUUAAACGGAUCAACCUCACAUGUGUAUACUCGUGGAAGCUUUGCUCACCAGCUCAACAAUGAAUUGGACAAUAUUAGAAAUCAGAGAAACAAAUUGGAGAGAAGAAAAAAAGCAUCAGGUUGGGAGAAGAACUUGUUGUAUCCCAUAGUGAUGCUGAGCCUGCUUGCAGGAACGACAAUCUCAGUUCUUUUGGUGGCACUGAAUAUCCUCUACCUUCUAGUGGAUGAGACUGCCAUGCCCAAGGGAUCCACAGACCGAGGCAUCGGGAACACCUCUCUGUCCACAUUUGGCGUGGCUCAGGCAGUGCUGGAGAUCAUCCUCAUGUUCUACUUGAUGGUGUCUUCUGUCGUUGGCUUCUACAGCCUGCGCGUCUUUGAGGGACUCACUCCCAGGAAGGAUGACACAACCAUGACAACGAUUAUUGGUUGCUGUGUAUCCAUCUUGGUUUUGAGUUCAGCCCUACCAGUGAUGUCUAGAACGCUAGGUAUCACCAGGUUUGACCUCUUGGGAGAUUUUGGAAGAUUUAAUUGGCUGGGAAACUUCUACAUUGUCCUUUCAUAUAACAUGCUGUUUGCAGUCGUGACAACACUCUGUCUUGUGAGAAAAUUCACCUCAGCAGUUCGGGAAGAGCUCCUGAAGGCUUUAGGUCUGGAUAAAUUGCAACUGUCAAACAGCCCUACAGACCCUGAAUCUGGGAAGCUCUCGGCCAACGGGCAUCAGAAAACUCUGUGAAAGGGACGAUAGAUCAACACACAACACACACACAUACAUACAUACACACCUUAGCACAGCCAAAGGGAGAUUUCGACAGUACUGCCUGACUGCUGAAAGGUGAAAGGGAUUGGAAGGAACUUAAUAAACCCAGGCAGUGUCUGACGGAUGCUGCAAAUGGAGGCUGAGAGCAAUUUAGCUUCGUGACAUUCCAUCCUCUGCGUCUCGAAUGGAAGCUGGGACAGAGCCAGGGAUGAGACUGAGGAGUGAAAUAGACUGGCAUCACUGCAGUGACCUUGAUGUUGACCUCAACAGUGACUGUGACUUUAAACUAACCCAUCUCUUGCUUCAGGGGCACUCUUCCCCCAGCAUCGCUUCCUGUUACUCUUGUACAACCUCCUCACUGCUGCACUAGACAAAAGCAAGAGGGUGAAAGCAGGUUAAACAAUUCUGUAGUGGGUUUUUUCCCCCGUUUUUAAGUCUUACAUCCCACUAAAAGGCAAUGGUUUUACUCCUGCUUAUCCUCAGUAUUUGGCAUAGUCAACAAUCCCCCUACGAUUCAUAGGUACGAUUCAUAUGAUUGUAUGUAUGUCUGCAGUAAUCAGUGUCAGUGAUAGGUGGAGCACUCGCAGUUUACGGUCUAUAAUCGUUGGUCUUUGAUUGUUAGGUGGACUGAUUCAGGCAUAAUAAAAAGGUGUCAGUUUGUCAUUUUUUUAUUUUAAAAUGUGAAAAUAACAGUAUGUGUUUUGUGAAGCAUGAAAUACAUCAAUUAUUCACACCCAGUACAUAUAACUGCACAGACUCAAUACAAUUCACAUUUAUGCAUCGGCAUUCGUACUGAUAGGCCUCCGAUUUUAACACUCCUGUCAUGUCAUUGUCUUUUUAUUUGGCUUUACUCAAGUGCGCUUUAACUUUAUUGAUGAUGUCAUUAGUUUGUAUGAAGUAGGGUAAGAACUUUUUUUAGGUGCUCUAGAUUAGACUUGAGCUACUCUACAAAUGGGAUACUACAGUAAAUGGAAGUUAUAUCCAUUUCAUUUCCAGUGAGUGAAAUACUUUUGUGCAUUUGGAGCUGAUCCUGUGCUUGUCUUUACAGAAAUGUUAUUAUGCACAAAGUAAGAAAAUGUCACAUUUAUGCUCACCCCUCCCAAAAAAUCUAUUUUAAAUUCACAGGGCACAGAAGAUUUUGUCAAUUUUAUUUGUAAAUAUUGUAUUUACAUGUACAUAUAUUUGUUUCAUACCUUUUUUUGCAUUAUUUGGAUGUAAAUAUUGGGCUCUCACUCAGCCCACUGAGGGUCUGACUCACUAAGCAAUCUGUAUUUUGUUGAACAUAUUUUUUUAUAACACCUCGAUCUAAUGCAGAGCUGUAAUAGUCUUCACACACAGAAUGCAUAAGCGAACAAUGUGCAACUUUGCUGCAGGUAGAAAGACUUGGUGACUCAGGCCCCACUCAUAUGUUGUUGUAUUGCUGCAUAGUCUUCUGAACUGUGACAUUUGUUGUCUCCAGAACACCUUAAAUGCCUUACACAACAAGCAUCUUGCAGGCUUAAUGUUAAGGUUGUUUCUUGUUCUGUGUUGUAUAUGUACAUUGUUUGUCUCUAGACAGUUCCACUGUGAUCCCCUUUACACCACUGAGUUUCUAGUCUAAAGCCAGCUGGAUAUAACACACGUUUCCUUUUUGCCAUGAAUGUUGUCACAGUCUCAUCCAGUGAGAAAACUCUAUUUUGGGACUCAUCAUUACCCAUAAAACUUGAGAACUUGCUAGAGAGUUGACUGACCUAAUGAUGUUAUUUUUAUGGUGUCAUAUGCUUUCAUGGUAACUAAUGUGACA